ACGUUUAUUAUGGGCAAAACCUGAAACUUCCCUCACGGACGGGGCAGUGGCAGCCUCUUGUCUUAGACAAAAGGAUACAAAAAGCAUUAAAUGCCGCCAUUAAUGUCUGCUCUCCAAUUUUUCUUCAUUCUUUGAUUUCUAUCUACCAAUUAAUUGAAGAUUGUUGAGAAGUCCAUGUCAUCCUUAUCAAUGUAAUAAAUCACAGUAAUUAACUAAGUCACACGAGGAUGAUAUGGUCAUAUCAUCCAAAAAUGGCAUUACAAUUCAGCAUCAUUCACAUUCAUAGUACAGUCACACGAUUUUUAUUGUUAGACAAUUGGACGAUAACUUUCUUGAAGUAGACUGUUAUUUACUCUUAUAAACUUUGGUUUGCUUUCAAUUAUCUCUCCAUUUUCUCUUUCUUCCCUUCAAGUCUCUCCCAUUUUUGUGCUGUUGGGAACUGUCGGUGAAGAAGGCUAGACAUGGCAGCAGAAGUUAGUAGUUCAUUGGUGAGAGUAUUGAGUGGACACAUGGAAGAACAGCCUCAGAUUCAUGCUGGGAAUUCUGAUAUAUUGAUUACAAAAGACUUGCUGGGAAGUUUGUCAAAAGCUGCUGCAACCAAAGAGAUAGAUCUUGAAUUUAAGCCAGGGAAAGUACAGACCCAAAGAUGCAGCUCAUCACCAAAGUCGCCAUUAUCAGCAUCAGCAUCUUCUUCUCCAGAUGGAAAGAACAAGAAUCAGUUACCAAAUUCGAUUCAAGAUUCCAAGCUUCAAGACUUGAACUUCCCCCCAAUUAACUUCUUUGAAGACGUGACUUCCCUGGACUUAAUGCUGCAGUCUUCAACUCCAAGCCGUUACCAAAGUGUCUGCACUCUUGACAAGGUCAAAUACGCCCUGGAAAGAGCAGAAAAAGAAACCAUGAAAAAACGUUCAUUAUCACCACCUUCAUUGCGUCCUGCAACAUCUUCAUCAACAGCAGGAGUGUUUGCAGCUGCCUGCCCUGGUUGCUUGCAAUAUGUGAUAGCUUCCAUGACAAAUCCUAGGUGCCCUCGCUGCAAUUCUUUUGUUCCAUCUGCCUUGGCAGUGAAGAAGCCUAGGAUUGAUCUCAAUGCAUCAUUUUAAUCCUUUUCUCUUUCUUUUCAAACAUUGGUUAGAUAUAAAUUGUAACUCUAUAACGCAACAUAGAGUCGCUUUCCCUUCCAGUCCUGCAAAUAUUUUGAUUCUUGUAAAUUGAAAAAUAUAGGUUUAGAUUUCUGGUUACUUUCAGCAUAGGGGAUCAUUGAUGAUGAUAUCACAUAUAUUUUCCUAGUUUAAUUUUAAGUGUAUUUGGGAAAUACAGAAUUUUAACACCUCAUGAUCUUAUUAUAUAUAUUACAUAUCUCACA